GCUCAGCAGUUGGGGGCCCAAAUACCAAAGAUGUCAAACAGAUGCUGCUGGACUGGUGCCGGGUCAAGACUGAACCAUAUGAGCUGGGCAGACGGUCUAGCGUUUUGUGCCCUGGUGCACAGGUUCUUCCCAGAGGGCUUUGAAUAUUGCACUCUUGACCCCUAUGAUCGGAGAGCCAACUUUGAGAAGGCAUUCAAGACUGCAGAAACACUAGCUGACUGUCCUCGCCUGCUGGAUGUUGAUGACUUGAUGCGGAUGCAAGAGCCUGACUGGAAGUGCGUGUACACAUAUAUCCAGGAAUUUUACCGCUGCCUAGUAGUGAAAGGCCUCGUCAAGACUAAAAAGAAGAUGCCGUAGAAACGUUCAAAGUGUUAAUAAAAGACCAAAGAACUACAAAGGCACA